GCCUCAAUAAUAGCUACGUAAGCGCAAUGUGGUUUUGGCUUUCUAUCGACUGGGAUGUCUCCUCACUAGUGAGGGUGAGCCUGGCAGUGCAGAGCUUAGAUGGGCUUCAGCUCCCAUGGAAAUAUUCCUCUUUUUCCCCACAAGCGAAACCUCCUGAGACGCCAGCUGCGCCAUCUCGCAAGACCUCAGACAUCCUCUGUGCCCUGCCCGUUGUUCUGAGCGUGGCUCUGGGCAUCUCCCUCAUUGCAGUGACCGUCAUGUAUUUCCAGGGACAGAAAAGGCUACGAGACGUAGAAGAAGCGGUUCAUAAAAUCAGAGCCUCUCUGCAGCCCACCACCACCUUGGACACCUCAAAGGAGCUGGACACUCUGCAGCUAUUGGAUGAAGUGCAGGCAGGAGUCCGGAUGCUGAAAGCCCAGCUGGGUGACGUGCUGACAAAGCUCUCCAGGGGCUGGAGGUUAUACAGUGGGAACCUCUAUUACUUUUCACAAGAAAGGAAGUCGUGGGACGAGGCCGAGCAGUUCUGUGUGUCUCAGGACUCGCACCUGACCUCUGUCUCCUCCCAGGCGGAACAGGAGUUUAUCUCCAGCGAGACCCAGGGAGAAGAUCACUGGAUUGGACUCACCGACCGGGAGACAGAAGGCAGCUGGCGCUGGGUGGAUGGCACAGAAUACAGAGCAGACGCAAGCAGGGGGUUCUGGGGGGAGAAUGAGCCAAACAAUUAUGAUCCGGAGAAAGAUGGUGGAGAAGACUGUGUUCACACCGAGCCAAGAAAACGGAAUUUGUGGAAUGAUGCCAACUGCACUCAGCCUUUCAGGUGGAUUUGUAAGGGGGCCCAUGGACAGGCUGGGCUGUGACAUGCAGGUCCCAUCAUCUCAGAAAGCACCUUAAUUUCCAAGCUAUGGAGCAUAUUUUCCAGCCACCUGCCAAUGAGGAGCCCUGUGCAUGGGGUGGGGCCGCAUGGGAUGUGCAUCGCAGGGACGCUUUGUCUUGCUGUGAUAUUUCUGGCUGUGGGAGCAACGGCUGUCCUUAUGCCGCUCAGUGUGGCUGGCUCUGUAAUUUGUAUGUUUCCAGGUCCGUCACUGAAUAAUUCUUUGGAUUAUGGAGUUAUUGUUUCAC